UUGAACAACGCGCCUUAUCAAAGUAUCGGGCUUCUACUAAUCUUGAGUGGUUAUUAAUUUAUUUAAUCAAGACCAGUAUAUAUUUAACAGUUUUCAGUUUGGAUCAGCGGAUAUUGUUCUCUAGCCCCUCCUGUCACCAACGUGCGUCACACACCUCGUUGGAGGGAAGACGCCAUGUUGGAAUAAAUCCCAACACUGUGUUUGUAUAAUUUUCAGCUCUUGAAUUGUCAACGUGGAUUCGUAGCUACACUUGGACAAACGGCGAACUAAAUACGACACCAAACAUGUCUUCGGACGAUUUUCAGACGAAGUACUCGUCAGUCAUGGAGAGCAUGCUAAAGAGUGCUAUCGCGGAGACUACCAAACUUUUCGAAACUAUGGUCGACGACCUGAAGGCAGAAAUAUCCAAAAUCAAGACGGAGAAUGAGGACCUCAAAAGAAGAUGUAGCCAAUUUGAAAAUGCGAGGAGCAAAACAACUACUAUGAGAGAGAGUGAGUCUGUUCCGGGGCAAAGCAGAGGCUCUGACAAACGUGACACAGCUGUUCAAUGUGAUCUUGUUCCUUUCUGUACGAUGCUGGUGGAGCAGUGUGAACCAUUGACACCAUCAUCAAUGCAAAAUCAAGAGCAACUAUGUGCAAAUGUUACAACGCAAGACGUUUGGCAGGAGCACAACUACGAGAAUCGUGGAAAGAGAGAUUCUCUGAUUGCCCUUUUACCUAAGAAACAGCUGCAGCAGUUUGAUUUCAAGCAAAAGGAAGUUGAGCCCAUUGGAUCCUUCGGGCAAGUCUUCAGAAACGUUAAAGGUUCCCCAUUGGUCUCUGCUUGUGUAACUGAAAAUGGAGGGCGGUCCAUUAACAAGGAAUGUUCAACUGCAGAAAUAUCCCCUCAAAGAAAUGAAGAGACUGGAGUGGCCCUAGGAUUGCCCCAUUUACGAAUGGUUGGAAGUUUAGCAGUUGUCCACAAACAGUCAUCUGAACAAGAGCCUUCUCAACACAUCUCAUCCACACCAAAACCCACAGCACCCAACAAAGGAGAAGAAUUAAAAAAGGUUGUGGCAGAAGAAGAGGCUAGUAUCCAGCCUGACAUACCAGUACGACGAAGAAGAGGAAGGCCACCAAAGAAAGCAAAGCAUUUGAAACGGCCAGUGAAAAGAAUACUUCCACCAUCUUCUGAACAGAAGAAAGAAAUGAAAAAAAUAUUUAUGGAAGAUGGGACAAUUCAGGCUCCAUCCACUGCUGUUUCUUCUACCAUUAAAAUGCAAAACACUCGAACAACUAAGUCACCACAAGUACCAUCGGUUCAGUCAAGACAACGCCACACCUCUGUAACUCUUCAGGAUGCAAUGCUAUUAGUUGAAGCCAUGAAUCAGUCAACAGGGGAAAAGGAACUUGAUUCCCCACAAAUAAUGGCAGUCAAAACCUUGCAAACUGUGAGGGAGGUACCAGCUGAGUCAGGGACACAACCAGUUGAUCUUCAAACUACUACAACUGAUGAAGUUCUGGCCCACAAAAAGGUUGUCAUGCUGAAACAGCAUAUGGUCUCACUAUCCAACACUGCUAAAUCUUCAAUAGCCACUUCAGCUGCUGCAACACAAACUAUUGUGAAGUCCCUUAAACAGAGCCCUUCAAAUGACCCAAUAAAACCAUUAGCACACAGCAAACAGGAGAAUGCUGUACCUAAAAAAAUAUUUGUCAUGUCAGGAUCAUUAGCUUCAAUGACAUCUAGUAAAUUUGCAGCAAAGUCUCCAACCAAGCUUUCAACUGAUGUGUCAACAGUCCAUUCUGCCCAAAAUAAAAGUGAACAACCAAGCUCGACUCCAUUAGACAAACCUCUUGAAAAACCUUCAAUUUCCUCUGUUAAACAACAGAAAUCGCUUCCUGUCGACACUUCCCAGUCGACUCCUCCUCAGACUGACUUACAGUCUCUUUCACAUCCUAAAAUAACAAUUGUAAUUCCAAGACAGUUGUCAGCUGUGGCACUAAGGAAACAGAAAAUGGCUCUUGCAAAAAAGGGAAUUGCCACAGCUGAUGCCACAGGAGCUCAGCAUGUCUGGUGAAGUGCAAACCAUCCUGGAUAAAGUUGCCACGAUAUUGUCUACAAAGCAGACUAAUACUUCUGACAACCUGGAAUCUUCCAAACAAACGGACUCCUGUGCUGAUGCAAACAAAUGAACCUUCAGAAACCAGUUCCAGUUUAGAUAUGUCUUUGGGGCUACCAUUGCCUGUUGAACAAAAGGUCUCUGCUAUCGUCAGAUUGAACAGGCUUCCAUUUCCAAUGGCAAGGAAGAUGUAGUUUUACUCUCAAGGAUGCUAGA